AUGUCGAAGCCCCACGACGAACCUCCGGCUUACAAUGCCGGGCCGCAACAGCCUCAGGCCUCGUACCAGGGCGGCUACCCUCAGAACCAGCAACAAGUCGGCCCUUACGGCCAAGGCCCGUACGGUCCGCCUGCGAAUGGGAGCUACUACCAGUCGAACCCGAACAUGGGCUAUUACCAACAACAAGGGCCGCCGCAGGGGGGUUACUACCAGCAGCAGCAACAGGGCCCCUAUGGGUACCAGCAAGGCGGAUACUACGGACAGCCGGGCUACCCACCCCAGGGACGGUAUCAAAACCAGAGCCACAAGCCAGGAUGUCUUGAAGGUAUCUUGGCGGGUUUGGCCGUCUGCUGCUGUCUGGAUUUCCUAUUUUAA